AUCUGUGGCUUAGUAUGUCAUUACCGAACAUGUCUGCCUCCAUGGUGGCUAGGGCGACCGUCCGAGCAGUCAGUAAAAGAAAGAUAUUAGCCACAAGAGCGGCUUUAACGCUGACUCCAUCUGCUGUGAAUAGGAUCAGGAGCUUACUGGAGGAUAAACCAGAAUACCUUGGUCUGAAGGUGGGUGUGAGGACGCGGGGCUGUAACGGUAUGACCUACACUCUGGACUUCACCAAGCAGAAGGAUCAGGCUGAUGAGGAGGUGCUGCAGGACGGUGUGCGUGUAUUUAUAGAGAAGAAGGCCCAGCUCACUCUGCUGGGGACCGAGAUGGACUUCGUGGAGUCCAAGCUGUCCAGUGAGUUUGUCUUCAACAACCCCAACAUCAAGGGCACCUGCGGCUGUGGAGAGAGCUUUAACAUGUGAGAGGGCUUCCUGCUGGGGACCUGGCCUCCCUACACAGCCAAAACGUCAUCCUCGCACCCAUACUUACCACCCAUAAACCCCCCACACACACACACACAUCUCCCAACCCUCUCACACUUCCCUUCCCUUCCUGGAGGCCUGUGAAUAAAGGCCUGAUGGA